AGAAGGUUGAGUGUAAUCACCAUUAUGCAUUUUUUGGCAGUGUUUCUAGGUGGUAGCGCAUGCAACACGAAAAGGAUGACAAUAAGAGGUAUCCAACAAGGAACGGGUGCAGCUCUGCUGCUCUUGGCACUUUUUGCAAAUUAUCAAAUUAUACCUUCAACCAGUGCAGCGCCGAUAGAUUGCCAGAAGAACACUGCUGUCUGCUUAGAAGAAAUUAUGAAGGAACUGACCCAAGUUCGAUUUGGGAUUAAACUUCUCACGGAGAACAUAACAUUGGUGAGAUCUAAAAACUGUGCUGAGCUGUACAAAUCCGGUCGAAGGAUCAGCGGUGUUUACACAAUCGACCCAGAUGGUUUAGGCGCCUUCAAUGUAUAUUGUGACCAUACAACAGCUGGUGGGGGAUGGACAGUGAUCCAGAAGAGAAUGGAUGGCUCCGUUGAUUUUAACCGCACCUGGAAUGAAUACAAAGAUGGCUUCGGUAACUUGGUCGGUGAAUUUUGGCUCGGACUGGAUAAGAUAAACCGUCUCACAAGAAACAAGACAAAAAACAAGCUUCGAGUAGAUCUGGGAGUAAAAAAUGUGAAAACUGUUCACCCUGAGUAUAGCUGGUUUGGCAUUGGGAACGAGACAGCUGAGUACCAGCUGUACAUUGGCAAUUUUAUAAAUGCCACUGUUUCCCCUGAUUCCCUAAGUCCUCACGGAGAUUUCGUUUUCGGUACCUGGGAUAGGGAUCCCGCUGGUUGUACUCAAAAAAGAGGUGGAGGCUGGUGGUAUGGCAACAGCAGCAAAUGUGGCUUUUUGUCAAAUCUCAAUGGUAUUUAUCCGCGUUGUGGAUAUAAAACCUGGGCCGAUAUUCACUGGGGAAGAUUAAAUCUUACCAGUGCCGCGAGCAGCGCUCCAACAUCAACUGAAAUGAAAAUUAGACCAGUGGAAUUUACGCGCGAGGCCUAAAGUCUACAUAAAUGAAGUAGUUUGUACAACAGGAAAAUAUCGAUUACUUUUUUCAAUCUCUUUAAUUCAAGAGGUUCAGAUUUUUAGAAUACGCAAAUUAGAUUAAUGGCAGCGUCAUUGAUUCCACCACAUUUUUGUUGUAAAGAAAAUUUAUUGUAGCCAGUUGGUAUCAGAAAUGUUUCAUUAUUCGCAGACUUUUUAAGAUUUUUUUACAAUAAUACGAGUGAAAUGUCACCCCACAAUGUAAGGAAAAGAAUCUUUUCAUCGCACCAAAUUUAAUUCAUAAGAAUUCUAAUGGAACGCCACAUGUCAUAAGAUAGAGUUUAUAAAUGUUUUGUUCUUAAUACUAUUGUUCUUAUCUUUUCUGCUGAUUUUUUAAGCUUUCCUAUUUCAGUGCUAUCAUUAAUUAUCAGAUCGCAAAUGGUACCUUAGAAUGUAAGUUUUUAUUUUGUGAAGAAAUACAGACUGCUUUUACAUUAUUUCUACAGCUAUAUAAAACACAACUUUCUCUUAAUUUUCCCUGGGAAUCGAAUUGUCGCAGACCUUCUCCUAUGCCCGAGGAUUUUUAGGCCUAAUAUGGUUUUUCAUAUUUAUAUUUUCAGUAUAGCUUCUUUCGCUUGAUCUAACAAAUAGUAAAGGAAUCGAAGUACACCUCCGGGCCUGAUGCAACCGCGUACUUUCGUAAAAGUAUUAGUUUACCAUGUUUCAAUGGCUGUUGCAGCACGUUGACUGAUUAGAUAAUUCUUGUAAACUAACCUUAGGCUACAAAAACAAUUAUGUCCCAAACUAGGAUAUAUAUUCGCGUAGUACUAUUCUGACAAAGUUUCGCGAUUUGUGGUCUCAAUGCACGCGCAAGUGCUAAAUUUUUAUAGCGAUCUCACUAAGUGCACCCAAUCUCGUACGUUUCGCGAAACAAGACAAAAGAAGGUCUACGUUUCAAGCAGCUUAAAAUACCUGUUUCAAAAUAAAUUCAGCGAGAUAUUGAA